AUGGAGCUGCAUCUUGCGGCGCCUCCGCCGUCCGUCGCGGACACUUCGGUAACGCAACAUCAACCCCACAGCGAAGCUCCGACGAUAGAUGUGACCACUCCCAAUAGCAGCCAAAAUGCCUCCAAUCAAGACUCUCUGUACGAUUCCUUCUCGAACACCAUGCAUUACCUCUCGCCCAUGUCACCUUUGUCGGCGAGGACGGUGCACGAGGGUGAUUACUACGAUUACAUGGAGUUUCUAAUCGAACCACUGGAGAAAGGCCCUUUACCCGAACUGUCCACCAUAAGCUCGUCGUAUAUCAGUUGCGUGGAACCAGAACUGCAACGCACCAUUGCCAUCAUCAAACCGGAAGCCAUGUGCUAUAAAUACGUUGUUCUGAGAGCUAUUAACGAGGUCGGCUUCCAAAUCGUUGGGAUCUAUCCUUAG